AUGGAAACCCCAGCUGAUGUCAGUGUCCUAUCCUCCAGGAAUACUGGUCAUCAAGCUGUGUUGAAGUUUGCUGCUGACACUGGAGCCACUUCCGGUAGCCUCAGCUUUUGGUGGUUACUGAUCCUAAGGGUUCACCACCAACCUCUCACAGAAGCAUCUUAUGUUAACUUGCCCACUAUUGCCUUGUGCACACAGAUUCUUCUCGGUGCCAUUCCAUGUAACUGCAAGGAAGCUCACUCAGUGGGUCUCAUGUGGUGGAUGCUAGCCCAGGAAGUUCUGUGCAUGGGUGACAUCAUCCCCCAGGAGCACCUGUGGGAGGUCAUGCCUGAUCUCUAUUUCUACAUAGAACCAAAAGAGACUGAAAAGGAAGAGCCAUCUGUUGAAAAGGCCAUGACUGUGGAAGGAUCUCAGGAUGAAUGGAUUGCUCCAUUUCCUGAAUUCACUGCUGCUCAGCUUGAGGUCACAGACUGGUCUGAAGGCAGGCAGGUGCCCUCUAUGCCCAUUCAGCAGUUCCCUACUGAAGACUGGAGUGCCCAGCCUGUAACUGAAGACUGGUCCACUGCCCCCACUGCUGAGACCACUGAGUGGGUAGGAAUAACCAGAGUGCUCUUAAGCUGUUCUUCUACAGUCUCUUAG